UCCCAGUCUCCCCCGCGCUUCCUGCAUUAAAGUAGUCGCCGCCGCAUUCCCCUUCCCGGCUCGCUGGCUCAGGCGGUGCCAUGGCGGCCUUCAGCAAGUACCUGACGGCGCGGAACUCCUCGCUGGCGGGGGCCGCGCUCCUGCUGCUCUGCCUGCUCCACAAGCGGCGCCGCGCCCUCGGCCUGCAGGGUAAGAAAAAUGGAAAACAGCCAUUACAGAGUGAGAAAGAGGGGAAAAAAGAGCGAGCUAUGGUGGACAAGGUGUUUCUUUCAAGACUUUCACGGAUUCUGAAAAUCAUGGUUCCUAGAACAUUUUGUAAAGAGACAGGUUACUUGAUUCUUAUUGCUGUUAUGCUGGUAUCUCGAACAUAUUGUGACGUUUGGAUGAUUCAAAAUGGGACGCUCAUUGAAAGUGGUAUCAUUGGUCGUAGCAGAAAAGAUUUCAAGAAAUACUUAUUCAACUUCAUCGCUGCCAUGCCUCUUAUAGCUCUGGUUAAUAAUUUCUUGAAGUUUGGGUUAAAUGAGCUCAAACUGUGCUUCCGAGUAAGACUAACGAAAUACCUCUAUGAGGAGUAUCUCCAAGCAUUCACGUAUUAUAAAAUGGGAAAUCUGGACAACAGAAUAGCUAAUCCAGACCAGCUGCUCACACAAGAUGUAGAAAAAUUUUGUAACAGUGUAGUUGAUCUGUAUUCGAAUCUCAGUAAGCCAUUUUUAGACAUAGUUUUGUAUAUCUUCAAGUUAACAAGUGCAAUAGGAGCUCAGGGCCCAGCAAGCAUGAUGGCUUACUUGGUCAUGUCUGGGUUAUUCCUAACUCGACUUAGAAGACCCAUUGGUAAGAUGACAAUAACUGAGCAAAAGUAUGAAGGAGAAUAUAGAUAUGUUAAUUCCCGGCUCAUCACAAACAGUGAAGAAAUUGCCUUUUACAACGGGAAUAAAAGAGAAAAGCAGACGAUCCACUCAGUCUUCCGAAAACUGGUGGAGCACCUACAUAAUUUCAUUUUGUUUCGGUUCUCUAUGGGCUUCAUUGAUAGCAUAAUUGCCAAAUAUCUUGCCACUGUGGUCGGUUACCUAGUCGUCAGUCGUCCCUUCCUAGAUAUGUCUCAUCCUCGACAUCUCAAGAGUACACAUUCAGAACUGCUGGAGGAGUACUACCAAAGUGGAAGAAUGCUUUUGCGAAUGUCUCAAGCUCUGGGUCGAAUAGUUUUGGCUGGCCGUGAAAUGACUCGACUGGCCGGUUUUACUGCUCGGAUUACAGAGUUAACGCAAGUACUGAAGGAUUUAAAUAAUGGCAAAUAUGAACGCACAAUGGUCUCACAACAGGAAAAGGGUAUUGAAGGACCACAAGCCAUUCCCCUAAUACCUGGUGCCGGAGAAAUCAUCAAUGCAGAUAACAUUAUAAGAUUUGAUCAUGUUCCUUUAGCAACGCCAAAUGGAGAUAUCUUGAUCCGAGACCUUAAUUUUGAAGUUCGAUCUGGAGCCAAUGUUCUCAUUUGUGGUCCAAAUGGCUGUGGGAAGAGUUCACUUUUCCGUGUUCUUGGUGAAUUAUGGCCUCUUUUUGGAGGACGUCUAACUAAACCAGAAAGAGGGAAGUUAUUCUAUGUUCCUCAGAGACCGUACAUGACCCUUGGAACUCUGCGAGAUCAAGUGAUAUAUCCAGAUGGAAAAGAAGAUCAGAAAAGGAAGGGGAUAUCUGACCUGGUACUGAAGGAAUAUUUAGACAAUGUCCAGUUGGGUCAUAUCCUUGAACGUGAAGCAGGCUGGGACAGUGUUCAAGAUUGGAUGGAUGUACUCAGUGGUGGAGAGAAGCAAAGAAUGGCGAUGGCGAGGUUGUUUUACCACAAGCCGCAGUUCGCCAUUUUGGACGAGUGCACGAGCGCGGUCAGCGUGGACGUGGAAGACUACAUCUACAGCCACUGUCGAAAGGUUGGCAUCACCCUCUUCACUGUGUCACAUAGAAAGUCUCUUUGGAAGCACCAUGAGUACUACCUGCAUAUGGAUGGCAGAGGCAAUUAUGAAUUCAAACAGAUAACAGAAGACACAGUUGAAUUUGGCUCUUAAGAGAACCGGAGAACUAUCCCAUGGGCUUCAAUGAAAUAAUUACAGAAUACACUUAGAAAUUACGGCAUAUGUUGUAAAGUUGAGCUUGGUUUUUUCUUUUUAAACAAAGCAAAAAAUUAACCAGAUAUAAAAUAAUUGAGAACAAGUUGUUAAAACAUUUAAUGUUAUAUAGGAUAUUGCUAAUUGUGUAUAUGUUGUUUUAAUUAUUAAUAUGUACUAAGAAUGUCCUUAUUCUUGUGGUUAAAAACCUGCCUAAAUUAAAUUGGGCUUAAAUCAGUGUAACCUGAUUCAUCCUGGGAUGUAAACCAUUUGAAGUCAGCUAAUUUGACUUUUAUGGCUCUUAUCUUUUCCUUCAAUGAAGAACCCUAUUUAAAUCUGGGGUCAUCACUUGUUCUAUACUCACAAGAUAGUCUGAGUUUCAUUUUCUCAUCUCCCAUGAUUGUGGGAACCAACAAAUCAUAGUGUAUUACAGAAAUGGAAUCUGUCAUUGCAUAGCAGUAGCGGUUAUUACACAGUGGCAGAUUUCUUUACCUGCCAAAGUCAUCCUCCUUCCUUGUCUAUGUCUUGGGGUACCUUUGACUCCAGGAAAGCCAUUUGGAUUUUCUUAGGUGAAGAAAUAAAUGUGCCCCUCUCAAUCUUUGCAGUAUUGAGCUGUUUGGUGGGUUCUUGUGGUGGUGUAACAAAAGUAUAUGUGCAGUCUUACUUACCAGAGGGGUGGUUGUUACGUUUUACACCUAGUCUUCCCAAUGUUUGGGAUAUUAAAACAAAAUCUUUACAUGUCAAGCUCAAGGUCUAACAGGAUUUUUAGAUUUUCUAAAGAAUUGGAUGGAUUUAUGUCUGCUAGAAGCCCAUUCAUCACAAGUGUGAUGGUGACAUGGUGGUAAACUCCAAAUGAGCCAUAGGAAUGCACUACAUGAAGAAAUGCACUGAGUAUGCAACGUCAUCACUGUCUUUGACUGUGAUUUUAUGUUUAAAAAUAUCUUUUGAAAUAUACACACGAGUGAAUUAUGUUUCCUAGGCGCUGGUUUAUCUCUGAAUCUUUAAUAACUUUUUUAUAUUUUGGUUAUGAUAUUAAAAAAUACUAAGAUAAAUCUGUUUCAUCUUAUCAAGCCACCGUUAAUGACUACAUGUAUUAUUUGCACAGGGAAAACUGAAACUGAAUAUAUCAAUAAGCUAGAUAUGAAAUCAGUUUUUAUCAAACCUAGGGUUCAGAAAGGGGCAUUUUAUAUUCUUGUUUCUGCAUAACUGCUCUUGGUUUUUUGCAGAAUUCACUUUAAAAAUCACCGGCUACUGAAGUAAAACUUGAUGUACUGAUUCCAUAAUGCAUAACAUUGAAUUUUUACCACUUCUCUUUAGCAAACUUGUCUACUUACCUAUUUUCUGUUCAGAUUAAAAAAAAUCAGAUAUCCUAUACAACGUUUACUUGUUCUUUUUAUUCUGUUAUCUGAAUACUGGGUAGUUCAUCUAGUUUUGAGUGGAAAACACAAACGUAACACUCAGAAAAUUUUUGGCACCCAGAUUCCCUUUUUAAGAAAUGUUUUAUCAAAAGUGGUUUUUAACUGAAUGAAUUUCUUUCAGAAAAGCCAGGUAAAAACCUUCCGUACACCUCAUAAAUGCCACCAAAUAGCCAGAAGACCUGAGAAAAUAUUUUCAAUACUGAGAAAGGUUUUAAAAUGUGGGGGAAGUUUGAGAGUUUUAGAUUUCUUGUUUACCCUAAACUUCCUACUAGAAAUAUGCUCCUAAUUCCUUCUGUAAUAAAUCCAUCAAAAAAAUAACUUUUUCCCUUUUUUUUUCUUCCUUUUAAAAUUUAACAAACAUUAAAGUGCCUCACCAUUGGGGUGUAGAGAUAGAUCCUUCUGGAAACUCAGUGUACACUAACAUCUAAGAAGGCUUACAGUAAUGAAAUCCAGUGUUUCCAAAACAUGAUCGACCACAGAACAUCUUUAUCCACAUAAUUCCUAUUGGUAUCUUCCAUGGCCUGUCCUGAGAAAUGGCAGUUUAAUCUGGAAACAAACUAAAGUGUGAGAACUUUCAUUCACAAGCAACAUAUUGCUUACCAGAUACAUUGAUGUGUUCUAGUUUAUGUCUUGAGCCUGUUACGGGGACAGAUUUCCUCUUAUGCAAUCCUGUCCAAUUGCAUCCAGAUAAAGGGUGCAUUGCUGCUUAUCCUGACCCUGUCGUCUGCUUGAUCAAAAGUAACCCCAAAUUCAGCACAAAAGUUACAAAGGUUUGGAGGUUCAAAGGGAGGGGUUAUAGAUCUCCCCACCAUGGAGGAUGUUGAGCGUGUCUUCUCUCUUCUCUCUGUCUCAUUUGGUCUCUCAAGAAUAUCUUCUACAAUACCUGACAAAUCCUAGUGUCUGAUUCUUUUGAGAGCUCCGUGAAGGCAAAUUAAUUUUCUCCUCUACCUUGCUUCCUCUUUGUACAUAGGGUAGAGCUUCCUUUUCCAUGUACAAAAAGUCUUGUGUUUCUCGGUCCGUUAUUUACUCAAAACCCUAGUUCAUUAAUUUCUGUUUUUCUCUUUGUCCCUAUGAUUUAAACCUUUUGAGUUAACUUGGUGUUAUAUAACUGGUAUCUAAGGAACGAGAGAAGAAAUGUUUCAUCUUUACUUGGAAGUCCAUAGAGACUUUUUGAUGUCCCUAUAUCAUAUUUUUUCCCCAAAAAGAUUGCUUUUGUUACCACCACACCCACCACUAUGUUGCCUCAAUGAAAAAAUAAAAAUGAAAGAUUGCUUAUUUUAGCAGUAUUUAAAAUAAUUAAAAAAACUCGAAUGAUGGGUCAUGAUCCUGGGAUGUCCUUCAGAACAUCAGGUGAUGUUCAUCCAGUGAUGAUGAGAGCAGACUCGUGAUGUUUAAU